AUGGCUGAGUCUCCUCAACCGCUCGAGUCGUGGGCUCAGCACCUCCACCUGGACUCGGGCUCGGAGCCCAACACGGUCCCCGGCACCCCCAUCCAGACUGUCGACCGCGUCCGCAAGCAGCAGGCUGGCCACGGCGGCCCUCUCAAGAAGGUCCUGGUCGCCAACCGUGGUGAGAUCGCCAUCCGUGUGUUCCGCACGGCCCACGAGCUCGCCAUGUCGACCGUCGCCAUCUACUCCUUCGAGGACCGCAUGAACGCCCACCGCUACAAGUCGGACGAGUCGUACCUUGUCGGCAAGGGCAAGGCCCCAGUAGCUGCCUACCUCGACCAGGACGACAUUCUCCGCAUCGCCCUUGAGCAAGGCGUUGACAUGAUCCACCCUGGUUACGGCUUCCUCGCCGAGAACGCCGAAUUCGCUCGCAAGGUCGAGGAGGCCGGCAUCGCCUUCAUCGGCCCUCGCCCCGAGACGAUCGACGCUCUUGGUGACAAGACCAAGGCCCGUGACGUCGCCAUCAAGGUCAAGGUCCCCGUCGUCCCCGGUACCCCUGGCCCCGUUGAGUCGUACGAGCUUGCCGAGGACUUCAUCAAGCAGUACGGCUUCCCCGUCAUCAUCAAGGCCGCUAUGGGUGGUGGCGGCCGUGGCAUGCGUGUCGUCCGCGACCAGGAGAGCUUCAAGGAGAACUUUGAGCGUGCUGUUUCCGAGGCCAAGUCGGCCUUUGGCGACGGCACCGUCUUCAUCGAGCGCUUCCUCGACAAGCCCCGCCACAUCGAGGUCCAGCUUCUCGCCGACGCGCAGGGCAACUGCGUCCACCUCUUCGAGCGUGACUGCUCGGUUCAGCGUCGCCACCAGAAGGUCGUCGAGGUCGCUCCCGCACCCCACCUCGACGAGCCCGUCCGCCAGGCCAUCCUCAACGACGCGCUCAAGCUUGCCGCUGCCGUCGGCUACCGCAACGCCGGUACUGCCGAGUUCUUAGUCGACCAGCAGAACCGCCACUACUUCAUUGAGAUCAACCCUCGUAUCCAGGUCGAGCACACCAUCACUGAGGAGAUCACUGGCAUCGACAUUGUCGCCGCGCAGAUCCAGAUCGCCGCUGGCGUGACUCUUGAGCAGCUCGGCCUCACCCAGGACCACAUCCACCGCCGCGGCUUUGCCAUCCAGUCGCGUAUCACCACCGAGGACCCCGCGCACAACUUCCAGCCUGACACUGGUAAGAUCGAGGUCUACCGCUCGGCUGGUGGCAACGGUGUCCGUCUCGACGCCGCAUCGGGCUACGCCGGUGCGCAGAUCACCCCCCACUACGACUCGCUGCUCGUCAAGUGCUCGGUGUCGGGAGCCACCUACGAGGUUGCUCGUCGCAAGAUGCUCCGUGCUCUCAUCGAGUUCCGCAUCCGUGGCGUCAAGACCAACAUCCCCUUCCUCAUUCGUCUCCUCACGCAUCCCGUGUUCGAGUCGGGCCGCACCUGGACGACGUUCAUCGACGACAGCCCCGAGCUCUUCAAGCUCGUCCAGUCGCAGAACCGUGCACAGAAGCUUCUCGCUUACCUCGGUGACCUCGCCGUCAACGGCUCGUCCAUUAAGGGUCAGAGCGGUGAGCCUGGCCUCAAGACCGAGGCCCUCAUCCCCACCAUCACCGACAAGGACGGCAAGGCCGUCGACACUUCAGCCUCGCAGCAGAAGGGUUGGCGCAACAUCAUUGUCAACGAGGGGCCCGAGGCCUUCGCCAAGGCCAUCCGCGCCUACCCCGGCACCCUCAUCAUGGACACCACCUGGCGUGACGCUCACCAGUCGCUCCUCGCGACCCGUAUGCGCACGGUCGACAUGGUCAACAUUGCCAAGGAGACCUCGCACGCGCUCUCGAACGCCUACUCGCUCGAGUGCUGGGGCGGAGCAACCUUCGACGUCGCCAUGCGCUUCCUCUACGAGGACCCUUGGGAGCGUCUCCGCACCCUCCGUCGCCUUGUGCCCAACAUCCCGCUCCAGGCUCUCGUCCGUGGCGCCAACGCCGUCGGCUACACCUCGUACCCCGACAACGCCAUCUACGAGUUCUCGAAGAAGGCGGUUGAGGCCGGUCUCGACAUUUUCCGUGUCUUCGACUCGCUCAACUACUUUGACAACCUGAAGCUCGGUAUCGACGCCGCCAAGAAGGCCGGCGGUGUUGUUGAGGGCACCAUCUGCUACUCGGGUGACGUUGCCAACCCCAAGAAGACCAAGUACACCCUCGAGUACUACCUCGACCUCACCGACAAGCUCGUUGGUGAGGGCAUCCACGUCCUCGGCAUCAAGGACAUGGCUGGUCUCCUCAAGCCCGAGGCUGCGACCAUGCUCAUUGGCGCGAUCCGCAAGGCCCACCCCGACCUUCCGAUCCACGUCCACUCGCACGACACGGCCGGUGUCGCCGUCGCGUCGAUGCUCGCCGCUGCCAAGGCCGGUGCUGACGUCGUCGACGUUGCCAUUGACGACCUCUCUGGUCUCACUUCGCAGCCGGCCAUGGGUGCUGUCGUCGCUGCCCUUGAGCAGUCCGGCCUCGGCCCUGGCAUCUCGCACGAGAACAUCAUGGCUCUCAACACCUACUGGAGCCAGAUCCGCCAGCUCUACGCGCCCUUCGAGGCUAACGUCCGCGCCUCGGACUCUGGUGUCUUUGACCACGAGAUGCCCGGUGGCCAGUACACCAACCUGCAGUUCCAGGCGUCGCAGCUCGGCCUGGGCACUCAGUGGAUCGAGAUCAAGAAGAAGUACAUCGAGGCCAACAAGCUUUGUGGUGACAUCAUCAAGGUCACUCCCUCGUCCAAGGUUGUUGGUGACUUUGCCCAGUUCAUGGUCUCGAACUCGCUCUCGAUGGACGACGUCAAGGAGCGCGCCAAGACCCUCGACUUCCCCUCGUCCGUCGUCGAGUUCUUCCAGGGAUACCUUGGCCAGCCGACCGGCGGCUUCCCCGAGCCGCUGCGCUCGGACAUCAUCCGUGACAAGCCUCGCAUCGACGCGCGGCCCGGUCUUUCGAUGAAGCCUCUUAGCUUCAAGAAGAUCAAGGCUGAGCUCCGCGAGAAGUACGGCAACAUCAUCAACGAUUACGACGUCAUGUCCCACGUCAUGUACCCCAAGGUGUACGAGGAGUACCAGGCCUUCGUCGAGAAGUACGGCGACCUCUCCAUCCUCCCGACCCGUCACUUCCUGGGCAAGCCCCAGAUCAACGAGGAGAUGUCGGUCGAGAUCGAGAAGGGCAAGGUCCUCACCAUCAAGCUCCUUGCCGUUGGUCCCCUCGACGCGCACAAGGGCACCCGUGAGGUCUUCUUCGAGCUCAACGGCGAGACCCGUGCAGUGGUUGUCACCGACAACAACUCGGCCAUUGAAAUCGUCUCCCGCGAGAAGUCGAUCCCGUCUGAGCCUGGAUCGAUUGGCGCCCAGAUGUCGGGUGUCAUUCUCGAGGUGCGUGUCAAGGAGGGCCAGAAGGUGCAGAGCGGCGACCCGAUCGCCGUCAUCUCGGCCAUGAAGAUGGAGUCGGUCAUCUCCACGCCUGUUGCUGGUGUGGUCAAGCGUGUCGUGGUCGAGGCCAACGACUCGCUUGGGCAGGGCGACCUCAUUGCCGAGAUUGUGCACGCGUAG